AUGUUUUAUUUAUUAUUGAUAUUACCUAUAUUUGGGCUUGAUGAUGUAUAAUUAAGGAGAAGUAUAAUAUGUGGAUGCAAAUACUUGAGUCCAUAAGAGUGCAUUGAAGUAGAAUGGUGUGAAUUAGCUUCUCAAUUUGACAAGUGUCCUAUUAAUUCUGAUUGCUUAACUUAUGAAACUGAAUAGGAAUGUGAAGAAGCAGAUGCUAGUUUAUGUGUUUGGAAAGAUGCUUAAUGUUUAAAUAAAUGUUAAAUUUUGGAGUAUAAUACUUGUUAAAACAAAGAAAUAGAUUCAAAUUGUUCAUAAUUUAAUACUACUUCAAGUUGUGAAGCCUUAUCUUGGUGUUAAUUUAACAUUAAUACAUCAAUUUGUGAAUAAAAACUAUAAGUUCCUUGUAGUGAUAUUUUUAAUUCCAUUGAGUGUGAAGAUUAUGGUUGUGAAUGGGUUGAUGAUUUGAUUGGUUGUUAAAAUAAUGAUGGAAAUUGUAGUAAAAUUGUGAGUAAAGAUGAUUGUGUGGUAUCAUUUGAAGGUAAUAGGUAAUGCAUUUGGAUUGAAAAGGAAUCAGGUUGUUUUUAAUCAAAAGAAUGUGGUGAAUACAAAUAUGAUAAGGAUGAACUUGAUCUUUGUGAAUCAAUAUCAAAUUGUCAUUCAGACGAAAACCAAUGUCAGAGUUGUGUUUAAGAUAUGUUUACAUUUGAAUCAAUUUUAGAAUUAAUAAGUAUAUUUUAUUUGUUUUGA